CUUGCACACUAUGACUAGCUUAUGCAUGAGUCCUGAUGGAAACAUUAAAAACAGCUAGUCAUUGUAAUUAUUUUCGAGUAGUAGUUUUGAUGAUCAAGAUAAAGUAGAAGGAACAGAACUUUAUAUCCAGUUUACCUUGGGAGUGUUUCACCUCGAGGAAAUUCAUUCAAGUCAAAGAAAGCCCGUUUUGUACACUUUUUUCUUUUGAUAGAUGUAAGGAGGCAUAAAAGUUCUCUUUUAGUUAUCUUCAGAUGUAUAAUUUGAAAUUCCGAUCAGGUGCGGUUACGAUUAGAUGGCAGUCGAGUUCCGACCGCAGGUAUCCGACAGCAAAACGAUAACGUUUAGAUGCGGUUAUCUUCAGAUCGUGGCGUAGUGGCUGAGCAGGGCCUGAGCCACUACGAUUAGAUGGCAGUCUGAGCGGGGCCUGAAAACUGGGCUCGUUAUUACCAGCCAAGGCCCAUUCCAGCUUCGAGUGCCCUCACUCACAGCCGGCAGCUCCUCCCAAUUCCAUCUCGUCCAGGGUUUUCCUGGCGGUUGCCUCCUCCGCCCUACCUCGCCGGCCAUUCCCCACCUCCACGCCAAUGGCGACCCGCAAAAAGAAAAUGGGAGAUGGACAUCCCCGACCACCUCCUCGAACAGAUCUUCCUCCGCCUGCCCGACCUGGCCGAUCUCGCCCGCGCCUCCGCGGCCUGCGUCUCCUUCCGCCGACUCGCCAUUGACGGAUCCUUCCCCCGCAGAUUCUGCCGCCUCCACGCACCACUGCUUCUUGGCUUCCUCGAUCCGGACGGGUACCACCCAGCCCUGCCGCCUAACCACUCCGCGCCCGCGGCCUGCGCGCUCACCCUCGCCGCUGACUUCUCCUUCGCCUUCCUCCCUUCCCACUGCCGCUGGACCGUCCAGGACGUCCGCGACGGCCGCGUCCUCCUCAACCGCGGCCCCAGAGAAGAUGAGCGGUCUCCGGUCUUCCGCGAGCUCGCGGUGUGCGACCCCUUGCACCGGCGGUACGUCCUGCUCCCCCCGGUACCUCACGACCUAGCCGCUUCGCUUGAGCACUCGUUCCCCAUGGCCCGCGAUGUGCGGUGCAAGCCCUUCCUCAUUCCCCUCGGCGUGGAGGAGGCAGCGGCGGGAGAGACAACAUUCAGAGUCAUCUUGAUGGCACAGUGCGAAACUAGUCUGUCUGCCUUCAUCUUCUCUUCGAGCACCGGACAAUGGCAAACUAUUGCAUCCAAGGAUUUGAGUGAUUUGGGCCUUGAUAGGUUCGAGUCGAUCACCAUGUCACAUGGCCCCAUUUCUUGUCAGAGGCGCCAUUAUGCUUAUGGCCGCUUCUACUGGGACUGGGCUGUGAUAAGCAUAAAUAAGUUGCUCGUGUUUGACACCAUGAGGAUGGAAUUCUCUGUUGCUGACCUCCCACCUGGAGAUUGGACUGGGCAAGGUUUAGUCUUUGUGGAGGCAGGGGAAGGCAGGCUUGGGAUGUUUGGUUUCGAUGGUGAAUUUGCAUCUCAUCUCAGCUAUACCAUUGCGCAAAACGAAAGCGGGAGUCCUAGCCAGUGGCAGGUGGAGAAGUCAAUCUCACUAGAUUCUAGGUACAAAUAUCUUAUCAGAGAUGCAACACAGAAGUACUUGCUCUUCACAAGGAGAAAAACCUCACCUCUAGAGAAGUUACUCUUUGAAUAUUUCUCACUGGAUGUCAAGACGAUGCAGCUUCAGAUGGUUUGUGCAAAGCAAUGCACGCUUCAUACACUCAUAUACACCAACUUCCCACCAUCGUUGUUGUCUUUGCCGACAAUAUGAAGUGUCAAUCUCCACCACUCUGACGUCCUCGUAUCAUAGUUGUCCUAAUCUGAAAGCAAGUCAUAUUAUUUUGAGAUGAUUGGUGAAACUUGAAGAGUUUUCAGGUUACUGUGUAUUAGCAAUUUUGUAAGAUGAAUUCAAGGGGGGAUACAGUUUUGUUUUUCCUUCUUUUUUGUGCAUCAUUUUUUUUACCAGUAUGGACUUAGUUUUUCAUAACUUGGUUCUUUAUGUUGUUGGGCCUCUGUCGGGCUAUGUGUUCCAACUUUGUAUUUCAAAUUCCAAUACUUGGCACACUGAAGCGAGUGUUUGCAGCCACAUGUUUCAAAUUCAGUUUUGAUGAAUAUUACCAAUGUGCCUCUACCUAGGUACAUAUAGUUCGUUCCUUUUAGCUCGUAAACUCUCAGAUAUGUGUGCAAUAUAAUUCUUAUUUCUUCCUGUAAAAAAAUACAAUUCUUAUUUAUUGCAGUCAAUCGUCACCACCCUUAGGUCCUCAUAUCAUGUUGUUCUCCUAAUCCCAAAGCAAAUCAUGUCCGUCGAGAUGAUUGACUAAAACUCAAGGAAUUUUCAGGUGAUUGUGUAUUAGCUAUCCUGUAAGAUGAAUUGGAGGGGGCACCCAGUUUUGUUUCACUUUCCUUUUUGUGACAAAUUUUUGUACUCGGAUGGAUUACAGCACCUAGUGUGUUGGUUGUCGCUACCAAUGCCCCUAGUUUCUUUCCUUGUUUUCUAGUUAGAAGUUUGUUGUACUGCUAGGUGCCUUGUAGUAUAUGAUUUCUUGCUGUCCUGUGUAGCAUGGAAGUACCACUUAAAGUUUUUUACGACUCAUUUCUUUAUGUUGACUGGCCUCAGUCCGGCUAUAUAUUCCAACUUGUGUUGCAAACUACAAUUUCAAUAAACACACUAAAGCGAGUGUUUGCAGUAACAUGUUUCGAAUUCAGUUGAAAUCAAUAUUCAAUAUUACCAAUGUGACAAUGCUAUUAAUUACUGAAACUUAUGGAAUUUUUUAGGUGAUUGUGUAUUAGAAAUUCUGUAAAGAUGAAUUUGAGAGGGCACCCAGUUUUGUUUUGUUUCCAGUUUUGUGCAUCAUUUCUGUACUAGGAUGGCUGA